CACGUGGUGCGGAUUAGGCUCCGCCUUUUCCAACUGCCUUUCCUUGUCGUCGGCGCCAUUUUGUGUCUGAGGCAGUGAUUGAGGGAAAGAGAGAGAGAGAGAAGAGGAAGGGAAGGAGAGAAAAGGAAAAGAAGCCGGUGACGUGAGAGAGUGUGAGUGUGUGAGAGAGAGAGAGCGAGUGAGAGAGAGUGAGUGAGAGAGAGAGAAAGGAGGGGGUGAAGGAGAAGAAGAGACAACAAAGAUGGUGAAAAUCUUUGUGGGGAACCUGCCGAGGCCGACCACAGGCGACGAGAUCCGCUCCCUGUUCGAGAAAUACGGCGAAGUGAGUGAGUGCGACCUGAUCAAGAACUAUGGCUUUGUCCAUAUGGACAACAAGGAGGCGGCGAAGGAGGCCAUUAAGGCUCUGCACCACUACAACCUGCAUGGCGUCUCCAUCAACGUGGAGGCCAGCAAGAGCCUCAGCAAAUCCUCCACCAAGCUGCACGUGGGCAAAAUCAGCUCCUUGUGCACUAGCGAGGAGCUGCGCGCCCGAUUCGAGGAGUACGGCUCCGUGCUGGAGUGCGACAUCGUCAAGGACUACGCCUUCGUGCACAUGGAGCGUGGAGAGGACGCCAUGGAGGCCAUCAAGGGGCUGGAUGGCUCUGAGUUCAAAGGGAAGCGGAUGCACGUGGAGUUGUCUAAGAGCCGGCUGAGGGUGCAGCCGGGGAUGGGAGAGAAGAACACAUGUUUCCGGUGCGGGAAGGACGGCCACUGGUCUAAGGAAUGUCCCACUGACCGGCGGGCGGAGGACGUGGGUUACCCCGAGUACCUGGAUCCCUACUCGAUGGCCCCGCGCUAUGGGGUUGUUGAUUACUACGAGAAGUACCGGGCAGGGGCUUACGGAGCCGUGGGCAUCCCCUACCCGGACCCCUGGGCCACCCCGCUAGCCUCCUACAGCAGCACCAUGAGAGACCGCAUGGGCAAGGCCCUGGACCCCUAUGACCGCGAUACGUUGGCUCAGACGCAGCCUUACUACAGCCGGGAUCGCAGCCCCCUCCGCCGCUCGGCUGCCAUGGCCUCCUACAGCAGCAGCUACGGCUACGAGACUGGGGCUCCCCUGGCAGCCUCCUACACAGCCUCCUACACGGCCUCGUACAACGCCUCCUACAGUGCAGCCUAUAGCACAGGCUACAACACCUCCUACAGCACAGCCUACAGCACUCCCAGUGUCACCGCAGCUUCAACCUCAACCUCCACCCCCACUGACACCUACGUGGAGACACAGUACUCAGCCUACUGACCCCAGGUGCUAAUUCCCACCACAGUCUCGCGGGUUGCCGGCUCCGUCCGUUCACUGCUCGGGUCUUAACGGCGACGGGAAAUAGCGCGGAGGACAUCGCUCGCGGCAGCUUCUCUUUGUAUUGUGCCCCCUUUUAUCCCUCCCUCUCUCCCCUCCCUCUCUUUUCUCUCCCUCUACC